ACUGUUUUUAUGACUACAGUAUCACUGUGUGAUGAUUCUGUGACAGCUGCAUUUGAUCAGUGAAUGGUUUGCAACAUUACUAGCAACAUACUAUGUUUUGACAUUCCCCAGAUGGGUAACCAAAUUCUGCUUGGGUAGUCAAGUACAAUAUGGCCACAUGAGUGGAAAUGAUGAGUUAUUGUGGAUUUGUAAGCGUACCAUAGCAUACCACACUCACCAGUGGAUAAAUGCCACUGCACUUCUAGUAAUGGAAGGCAGUGGCAUCAUUGGAUUUUUGUGGAUUCAUACAUGUUCUGUAGUCUUAUUUGCACACUUUUGCAAAACAGCAUUAUGAGGAUCCUCUUAGAAACUCUGCCCACCCAUAAACAUAAACACACAUGAAAACACAGAAAAAAUCUUGUGCACCACCACAAACUGAAGCCUCUAGAUGAUGCUGGAGAGCUGGGUGAUUCCCACGUUUUCCCUUAUGCAGAAUGUUUACAGAGGAAACUGGGUGAAAGGAAAGAGGAUCUGCUGGCAUCAGGAGUGCUGAGCCCUCCCGCAUGGCCAGACAGGCUGGCGUGGUCAGCCUGGAGCUGUCGAUUUAAAUACUGCCCACCCAGACAGGACAAAUCAAUGAGAAAAACAGGAGAAACUUGGUUUACUCAUAAAAUGUGCAAGGAUAGGUAUGCUUAUAAAGCAGUCAUUUGUUUGGUUGUAGCUUUUUGUUUUAUUGUGUUAAUGUGAGAGCUAGGACCACAACACUUGCUUAAUGGAAGCCCCCCACCCCACCCCACAACCAACGGCAUGCACAGACACUGACCAACCCACGCCAGCAUGCCAACAGCAAAACGCUCUUUGUCCAUUACACUCACAGACCAGCUAGAGAGCGAGAGGGGGAAAUGCACAGAUGUGAAGGGCAAGUGAAUUACUUGGCAUUAACGCCGAAGAUGUGUAUGCAUGGGACAAAGGAAUAAGAGGGAGUGUGCAGAAGAAAGGAAGAGAGACAGGAAGGCAUACAGAGAGAGAGAGAGAGAGAGAGAGAGAGAGAGAGAGAAAGAGAAACAGAGAGUAAGUCCAGUGGCUAAUAUCCUGUAGAUGCCUCUUCGAGCUGGGGCCAUUGAUUCGGAGGAGUAAGGGACUUUGUCGUCCGCAACAUGGCAUGUUGCUGCUGUCCAUUUCAGUGUCUGAGAAACUGCUUCUUGCUUUCAGACAUAUCAACUGCUGAGCUCGAUGCCUUAUGGAACGAGCCUCCAUACACGUUAACAGGAGCCAAUGAGCUAUUUCCAGGAAAUGAUGUCAUGGCCACUGGAGAGGAGGAAGUGGAGACAGAGGCUGAGGUGGAGGGAGAGGGCAUCACUGGCGAGAGUUACUGGAAAAGGAAGGAAGCCUUUAAUAGGGCCAGCACUGUCUCCUUAGCUGUGGGAGAGCGCUUCUCUUCAGAUGUGAUACUGCUGUUCAGUGGGAGAAGGCGGUCCAGUGCAGAGCCUGACAGUAAGCUGCAGGAGGCGCUGCGCACCAGACUGAGGGUUGUCGAGAGCAACAGCCAAGAUGUUAUUCAAUUAUUUAAGGAUCUGUCUGCACGUUUGGUUUCAGUGCAUGCCGAAAAAGACCAUUUUGUCAUUACCUUUAAGACUGUGGAGGAAAUUUGGAAGUUCUCCACUUACCUGGCUCUAGGAUAUGUGGCAAGGUGCCUGGAGAACUUCCUGUGUGACCAGUCUUUCUGGCUGGACCCCGUGCUGCUCAGUGACGUGGAGAUCUGUGUGAAUGUGGAUGAGGAACACCUGGCCACCCUUUAUCUGGGGCUCCUGCUGCAAGAGGGUUCAUUCUUUGCCAAAGCCCUGCUUAACAGUGAGUGCACAGAAGAGGAGGAAGAAUUAACCUACAAGAAGAAUGACCUGGUUAUGGUCAAAGAUAUUGGACAGGAGGGCACAUGGGAGGGAACACUGCUGUCCACUGGUCAGCAUGGCCUAGUACCUGUUCACAGCAUGCAGCCUUUGCCCUACCCUUUCUACCAGUGGUUUCUUAGGAAGUACCCUGGCAGCACUGGAGGGAUUUCAUCUGAAAAAGGUCUAUUUGACCAGCCCAUGGUAACAGGCACCUGUGUGGCAGUGGUGGACCAUUACCCGAUGGUUAAAGAUGAAUUGCACUUCAGUCAAGGAGAUUUGAUAGAGGUGGAUGGCUUGUUCAUAAGCUCCUUGAACAUGUUCAUAGGAAGACACCUCUCUAGUGGACACAUAGGAUUUGUCCACAAGGCCCAUGUGAGACCCGAGAAUGUAAAAGCACUCAGCAGACAAUUGGUCUUUCUGAGUGAAGAGGAGAGAGUGGCUCUCUCACAGUUUAACCCCUGCCAUGAACAGUGCCACACUGGCUUAUUGGACAGACUCUUCUCCACUGACAUCAGCACUGUGUACAGAUUAGAUAGAUUGGAUGACUCAGAUUUUACCUACAUCAGAAACCAACCCAAGCAAGAACACAAAAAUCCAGUGGAUGCAAGGAAAAGCACUAUAUCAGAGAAGAGUGAAACCCCACCCUACCAUUCCUCCCCUCGGCCUUCCUUCUAUGCUUCUCAGAGUCACCUGGAGAGGGAGCAUGAGGCUUUCUCCUUCAGUUUGGAGGACACCUUCCGAGAGAUGGAUGAAUAUGAAGAGGAUCCACCCAACUACAUUGACGACAACAUCUGGGAAACCGAAGAGGCUGAGUUUGUUGACCCCAUAUUGACCCUGCUGAAUCUGGACCACUUUCAGGACACUUUUCAGCCACUUUAUGACAUCUCCUACUCCUUCCUGGACACAGUGUUUGGUGGUAUUCCAGAGGACGAGGUGCUCCUGCAUCUGGAGAACGUGCGAGAGGGGGCAAAGAAAGGCAGGAUGCUGUGGGCCCACCGGCGAGCCUGUUUCCUUCUUGGCAGGCUGUGUGCUAAAAAGCUCAAGUAUUCGCAGGCUCGAGUCUACUUUGAGGAAGCCUUGAAGGUUCCUGUAGAUGGCUUUGACGACAAACUUUUGCUGAUCGCCUUGUACACCAAUCUCACUGCUGUUUACCUUAAGCAGAAGAUGACAGACAAGCUUCCUUAUACAUUGGAGAAAGCUAGUGCUCUUAUCCUGUGCCUUCCCUGCCACAACUUCUGCUCUCUGGAUGAGUUUGAGUUGCUCAAACCCAUUGUUCGCAAAGCUAUCGUUGACAACGACAAGCACCUUGAGGCACGGACUUGCUAUCUCAUCCUUUGUCUGUUUCUGCAGCAAAGGAAGAUUGAAGAGGCCUUACCUUUUGUAGAGAGACUCCAGUUCCUGACUGUCACUCUCUCUGCAGAGGAAGGCAGGCCUAUGGGGCCAGUGGACCUUAACUGGAUACUCUGCAGGCUUUACCACAAGAAGUAUCUGCCUUACCUUGCUUUAGCCUCUCUCAGUUUGGAUUCAGCUCAGGACCAUUCCUUGGAAGAUGCUUUCCAGAAGAUAGAACUGUUCAUCAAGAACUCAGUCCGAUUGAAUCCUCGGUGGAGGGAUGGUACCAGUCUGCUUCCAGCCCAAGUGGUAGUUUACUUGCAGCAAGCCUUGUCCAUAGCCAGCCAUGGAGAGGACCUGAAGACACAGAGAGACCUGUGCCUCUGUCUGGCCAGUGUCUACCAACAGUACGGAGCCUUAGAUAAGGCAGUGCCUUUUGCACACCAGGCUGUGCAGACAAGGAGCCACAUAAAUGAGGAGGAGAGCUUUGAGGCAUCAGUACUUCUGGCUUGGCUUCUGGUUCUGACAGGGGAACCAGAAACAGCCCAGUCUACUCUACAACCUCUCCUUAAGUCUUUGAAUGAAACAGACAGUCCAACACAACGUGGCGUUGUCUAUAACCUACUGGCUCUUUGCCUUCGCAAACAGUGCAGGGUUACAGAAGCAACCAAGAACUUUUAUUGUGCUCUCAAGAUCUCACAGGAGAAUGGGAACAAGCAUAAUGAAGCACUAGCUCUCGCUAACAUGGGCUGCCUUGCUUUGUCAGUAGGAGCUCCGUGCCUGGCAGAGAGUUUCCUGCUAAGAUCCCUACAUCUUUUUCAGUUUCUCUCUGAGAGUCCCUUUGAUGAAGAGCAUGUUCAGGCUCUGCUGUGGCUAGGCAGGAGUUACAAAGAUAGGGGAGGGAGUCAAGAGGUCAGGCUGUGCUAUGAGAUAGGACUUCUGAUUGCCAUGAGUGCCAAGAACCUGCACAGUCAGAUGGUUGUGGCGAAGGUGCUCAGUCGUCUGUAUGCUGAUUUGCUACUGUAUGGACAGUGCAUCAUUUACUAUGAGCACUGUGUGGGGCUGUCUAGAGAGCUCAAGGAUAAACGUCUGGAGGGAGAGUACCUGGAGAUUCUUAGCAGUCUAUACCUCUCACUCAAUACUGAGAAGUCUUCUAGGAAGUCUCUGGACUACACUAAGCAAAGCUUGAGGAUUUCCAUAGACCUAGGGAAAAGACAGGAGGAGUCAGAAACAUGGCUGCAAGUGGGUCGCAUCUACUACUUGAUCCAUGAGGAUGAGCUGGCAGACAUGUACCUUCAGGCAGCAGUAAAAACAGCCUUGAGAAUGAACGAUCCGCGCUUCGCCAUGAGCAUUUAUGAAGAGGCUGGAGACGUUUUCUUCAAAGGACACAGAAAUCGACUGGCUGCCAUGCCAUUUUUUAGAGAUGGGAGUCUGCCAUUUGCAAGGAGCAUUAAGGAUGUGCACUCAGAGUUCAGGCUCUUGAGUAAACUCUCUGAACUGCUGCUGAAGGAAAACCAGUAUGAAGAGGCUCUGCAAUAUGCUACACUUGCAGUGCAGAGUAGCACUGACACUGGUGUACGUCUGAAUGAAAGGGUAGCCUACCACCGCCUGGCAUCAGUCUACUUCUGUCUGGAGCAGUAUGAGAUGGCAGAGAACUACUUCUUGAAAGCUUUGUCUCUGUCUCCCACUGUUCUGGAGAAUACUGCUGAGGCCCACUACUAUGUUAAAGUUUACUGCAGACUUGCUGAGCUAACACUGCACAAGCUUAAGGAUGCAUUUGAUGCAGUGGGCUAUUUCCACUUGGCCCUGGCAGCAGCUCUGGAGGACAGAGGAAACCCUCAAGCCCUGUAUAUUAUUUACAUGAAGCUCGCAGAGAUCCAUGCCAACCACCUGCCUGAUGCAGAGCUGAGCCAGAGAUACAUGGACAGCGCGCAAAGCCUAAAGAGGGAGCUCACUGGACACACAGAUUCUAGUGAAGCAGAGCAUGAAAAUAUGGACCAUGGUAAUCCUGAAUGUGCUGAUGCUAAGUCUGUCGGCUAUUCCAAUGCAGACUCAGGGAGCAGUGGUAGUAGUACUCUCGUAGGCUCUACCACCACAGACACUAGCCAUACAAUCACUGCUCAGAGACUGGCCGACCACAACGAGGCUGCUGUUGCUGACUACAGCCACCAAGAGGAUACGGACACUUGCUCAGAAGAGAUGUACUCUGGGCCUGCACACCUUACAGAUGCAGAAACAAGCUACUUUAAUCAAACAAACCACAGAGAUGCUAGCGAGCUAAAUACGAAGUUUUGACCGAAGUGAGUUGAUCAAAGGUUAGUGAUGUCUCAGAAUACCUUUCCAAAAGCACUUCUUUAUGACAAUGAAAUUUUAAAUAUCUUAAUAUUGUUAAGUAUUGUUUAGUGAUAUAUUUGAUUUCUCCUCUGAAUUUAGGAGGAAAUAUUUUCUAUUGUUUAAGUACUAUGAUUUUUUUUCAGGGCAAUGGCAUUUGUAGCAUAAUAUAUAAUAUGUAAAUAUGAUAGUGAGUUUUGCAUCUGUAUUAUAAUUUUGAAGUUAAAUGGAUGAUUUUAUCUUUUUUCUACUUUUCAAUGGAGAACAAACAAGACUUAUUAAAGUCAUCAAGAAUUAAAA